CUAGAGGAGAGCAUCGCAGUAACCGCCUAUCAACAGCUGCGGCCGCAUCCGGGCAUUUCCGAAGCUCAAGAUGGCGGAUUUGAACAGGCAGCUGCAGGAGUACUUGGCUCAGUCCAAGGGAGGCGUCGGUGGCGGCGGCUCGGUCCCUGUGUCGGUGCCCCAGAGUUCCCCGCGGGAGGAAGCGGAGAAGCCGGCCUCGGGCCUGGGGUCCUGGCUGGGCCGGCUCAAUCCCUUCCCGUCCUCCGCGGAGACCUGGGCGUUCGGGGCCGAGCCGGAGCCGGAGCCCUGGCUGCCGACGGGCCUGUCGCGCUGGCAGCGCCUCGUGGGGAGCGCCCUCUGCUUGCUGCUGGCCGCGCUCUGCUUCGGCCUGGCCGCCUUGUACGGCUCGCUCCUGCUGCUGAGGAAGUUCGCGCUGCUCUGGUCGCUGGGCUCGGCCUUCGCGCUGGGCGCCGCCGCCUUCCUGAGGGGCCCCAGCCGCCUCCUGGGCGAGCCCGACCGCCGCGGCCUGGCCCUGCUCUACCUCGGCUCCGUGGGCGGCACGCUCUACGCCGCCCUGGCUCUCCGCAGCACCUUGCUCACCACCUUGGGCGCCGCCGUCCAGCUGGCAGCCGGCGCGGCCUACCUGCUCUCCUCGGUGCCAGGCGGGGCCGCCGGGCUGCGCUACCUCGGAGGCUUCCUGGGCGGGUUUGUGAGGCGAGGCGUAUCGAAAACGCUCCCCGUGUGAAGGCCCCUCGGCCAGGCCAGCCUCGGGAAGCAGCCUUGGGCCCUUCCCCAGAAGGAUGUGGCCUCCAGUUGGUCCCAGAAUGCUUCUUACCGUGUGUCCUGUCAGUCUGAAGAGACCAAGGGUAAAAGAGAAGCUAAAGAGUACUACUAUGCUUUGUUAUUGCUGCACAAGACUGUCUAGAUCUGACUGUCCUCAAGUUGGUCCCAGAAUGCUUCUGAUUCUGUAUCCUGUCAGGCUGAAGAGACCAAGGAUAAAGAAGAAGCUAAAGAGUAUUACUAAAUGCCUUCCUACUUUUGCACAAGGCUGUCUAGACCCGACUGUCCUCAAAUCGAUCCCAGAAAGCUUCUUAGCAUGUAUCCUGUCAGCCUGAAUCGACCAAGGAUAAAAGGAGAAGCUAAAGAGUACUACUAAAUGAUUUCUAAUUGCUGCACAAGACUGUCUAGACCCAUCUGUCCUCAAGUUGAUUCCAGAAAGCUUCUUACCAUGUAUUCAGUCACUCUGAAGAGACCAAGGAUAAAGGAGAAGCUAAAGAGUACUACUAUGCUUUCUCAUUGGUGCACAAGGCUGUCUAGACCCGACUGUCCUCAAGUUGAUUGCAGAAAGCUUCUGACUGUGUAUCCUGUCACUCUGAAUCGACCAAGGAUAAAGGAUAAGCCAGAGUAUUACUAAAUGCUUUCUUAUUGCUGCACAAGGACACCUAGAUCCAACUGUCCUCAAGUUGAUCCCAGAAAGCCUCUGACUGUAUAUCCUGUCAGGCUGAAUGACCAAGGAUAAAGAAGCAGCUGAAGAGUACUACUGGGACUGUGUUUCGUUAUUGAGCCUUUCAGAGGAAGACUUGAGAAAGGCAUUUGGUUGCAGCAUAAACAGAAAAGCACAAGACCGUCUAGAUCUGACUGCCCUGAGGAAGACUUGAGAAAGGCAUUUGGUUGCAGCAUAAACAGAAAGGCAUCUGCACAAGACCGUCUAGAUCUGACCGCCCUUAAGUCUGUUCCAGAAACCCUCUUACUGUGUAUCCUGUGGGUUUGAGGAAAUCAAGGAUAAUAGGGCAGGUAAAGAGCAUCACUGUGACUAUGCUUCCUUGCUGUGUCUUUCAGAGGAAGCUCAGAAAGGCAUUUGGACUCAGUGUAAACAGAAGAUUUACAACUUGGAACUGUGCACAACAGCAGCUAUAACUAGAUGGGGAGCAAUUAUUUCUAUAGUUGGCCCCAAGUUCUAGGCAGUGGUGAUACUGGGCCUAAAUGCCCUUGGUGCUAUUUCUCUCCCAGCAGCACUUCCAACUCUAGGAAGUUGAAGUAAACAUUGAAGAUGUUUGUUUCUGUUGCUAUUUCCUUCUUAGGCAACUGCACUGAACUGGAUGGGUUCUCUUACAAUUUAUUCCCUACCUCUUGCUGUCACCCAUUUUUCACUUAAAACAUCUGGGUAAAGCAUAAAACUGUGAUCUUCUAAUAUCUUCCAAAUGCCUCUUUCGAAGUAAUGCUGCUUAUCCAGUGGUUUGUGGAAAUAAUUAAAAAUCAAAGUGUUCCAGCUACCUAGUUAUGCUUCCAGUAUCGGACAGUAACAGUUUUGAUGGAGGCUGCUUUGAUGAGUGUUGCCAGCAAUGGGAUCUAUUUUGAAUAUGCUAGAAGUUGCUCUGGGAAAAUUCUAGCAGUUCCUCUUUUAAACAUUUUUAAAGGGGGCAAAUUAUUGGUUAAGGUAUUUCCAGCAUUUUCUGAGCCAGUGCAGGGUCAUUUCUCCUUUCCAACAAUUGUGAUUAAUUUCUAUUCAGCCCUAACAUUCCUGACUACUUGUACUGCCUUACUGAACAGCACUGAAACAAAAGUAUUUUCUUUAUCCAGAACAGACUUAUCAGACGUCUUGAUUUCUCACUCAACAUAUCCUUUUUAGGCAGUGGCUUUUAUGUAUAACAACAUUCAAAAGUUGUCUCAACUACAAAAGUUAAUGCAGUCUGAAUUCCAAGAUAUGCACAUUAUAGAUACCAAACCAAAUUAUUCCAUAAUAGUAUAUGCUCUCAUUUUGAGAUUUUGAAACUCACUAACUAUAUGAAGAAGCUGUGCCUAAACAUUUAAAACUUGUUCAGUUUUUGGGGAUUUCCCUAUAAAUUGUGGGCAUGAAGUUUGUCAUAACAUACAUGUGGACAAUUCCUGUAAAUAUUACAAUUCCUAUCACCCCUUGCCAACAUAGCUAAUAAUGAGGAAUUUUGACUUAUAAUCCCCAAACAACUGGAAGGCCAUAAUUGUUCAGCUUUCAUCUGAGUGUGGCUCUGAAUGGCAUUAGACUGAAGACUCUCCUGCAGUUUAGUAACAUUAAUGUACAAUGUGUUAAAUAUAUCAAGGUUAUCAGAAAUCACUGGUUAUUUUAUCAGUUGAGUGAUAGUAUGUUAAUUUCACUCUACAAAGCCACUUACAUAUAGGAGAGCUAUUGAUAUAUUUAAUAUGGCAGAUAGCUUUGAAGCUAGCUUUUAAGGCAGCCUCAUGUGUCUUCAUUAUUAUUCAUGGUGUCUUUGAUAUAGAAAAGGUUUUCCCCUGACAUUAAGUUCAGUCGUGUCCGACUCUGGGGAUUGGUGCUCAUCUCUAUUUCUAAGCCGAAGAACCAGCAUUGUCUGUAGACAUCUCCAAGAUCAUGUGGCUGCCAUGACUGCAUGGAGCGCCGUUACCUUCCUGCCAGAGCUGUACCUAUUGAUCUACUCACAUUUGCAUGUUUUCGAACUGCUGGGUUGGCAGAAGCUGGGGCUAACAGCGGAAGCUCAUGCCCCCUCCCCAGAUUCAAAUCUGUGACCUUUUGGUUAGCAAGUUCAGCUCCAUUGAUAUAGAUAACAAAGCGGAAAUGGGCAUCCCAGUUCUUUACACUUUUAUUUAAACUAAAUUGUGAUGAUUCAGUGAUUUACAAAUAAAUGCACAGGAAUGUGAGCAACUUGUGGCUUUCCAAAUACUGGAUUGCCAUUCUUGAUAUUAUUUGCAGUUGUUUGUGCUAGAAGGACUGCAAGUUGUUCGCUCCUGCUUUAGGCUGCAUGUUAGGUUAUGUCAGGAUAUGUUAAGCUCGUAUCACCAUCCCUCUGCACUAAGAACACUGCCCAAUGGACUGUGUUGUUUGCUGCAAUCUAAUGCGUAAGACAAUUGUCUUAUUUUUUUCUUUGAUUUACAGUGUUUGAGAUAAACCAAGAGAUUUUUAAAAGCAUACUUUGACAAAGUGAUCUUAAAAACCUUGCAGUAUUGUGGCCUUUUAAAUUAAGCACACCUCAGUUAAAAAAGAUGAACUGAUUUAAAUGUGAUUAUGAUUGAAUUAAUUCAGAAGAAGCUAAGGAAUCUUCCUGCCUGGCAGAAAGUGGUUGAACUGGGUGGCCUUAGCGCUCUCUUCCAACUCUAGGAUUCUAUGAUAUACUUAUCAUCUCUCUCUCUCAAUCCUAUCAUAUCUAUGGCCUUAAUAAAAUUUAAUUCAAACACCAUCAUUAAUGUUGUAAGUUUGAGUGGCAAUCCAGAAACAACACUAGUUUCUUCUUUAUUGUGAACAACACUGGGGGGCAGCUGUGAAAGUUGUUUUGCCUAUUCCUCUUUUCCUGCAGUUAAGGGAAACAUAACCAUGGUUAAUACUGACUAGAAUUUCUUAUAUUUUGGCUCUAAAGAUGUUAUGAUAUGUAUUCAUCUCCGGUGCUUCAGGUUGUUAGAGAUAUUUCCCAUGGAAUUGUGGUUGUAGUGAUAGGUCUUUGCUCUCUGAAAGAACAAUCAGACAUUAUUUGAGCAAGAUUUUGAUCUCUUCACUUUCAGGAUCAAUGUUAUCUCCACACUGACAUAUGAAAUGGGUUUUUAUGGAUUUUCUUUCUUGUAAAAAACUUCCUUUGAGAAUAUAUACAGAAAAAGUCGAGCUUUUUUUUUAUCUUGCGGUGAGGGUGUAUAUCUGAAAAAUUAACAAGAUGUGAAGCAAAAAAAAAAAUUCUUGAAUAUUUGGAAUGAAUUUCCUUCUAAAGCUUGGUCAGCUUUAAUAUUGAAAUUCACCAAAGAGGAAUUGAGAAAUCUGUAGUUAGAACUGUUGAAUUUGGCUUUAAAUUGAUUUGUGUUACGGAGAACACAUACCAAUAAAACAAAAUAUAUUAGAAAUAUACUUAUGGAUCACUGUGCUUUAUCCACAUAACACUAACUUUUAAAAUUGGGUUGUUGACUGAUAUAUUGAUAACUUUUGAGACUUUUAAUUUGGUUCUUACAAAGAGCUUUAUAUUCUUAGAAUGGAUUUUCAAAUCUGCUUUGUUUCAUUUUUGUGGGAUCUGAGCUAAUGUGACUUUAUAUUGCACUAACAGGUAGUGAAAACUAGCUGAUUUUCUAGUCUUGACAAGUUUCCUUAUCUGAAUGCAAGAGUCUGAAUAUUUGUUCAAUACAUGCUAACAGGUGAAUUGUACUGCUUUUAGUAUUCAAAACAGUUUGCUUCCUGCACUAUUUUAUUGCUGAUACUAAAAAAACCUCUAAGUUCUUUAUUUAAGAUAAUAAUUUUCCCUGUGCAAGCUAUCCUCUAAUUUUACAUCUGGUCAUUAGUAUCCCAUUCUCUGCACAAAGGCGUAGCAUCCAUUUAGGCAGUCUAGAACAUCACUAAGGCUGCAAUUAUAUGUGCAAUUGUUGCUGUUUAAGUUCCUGACUUCUGACUUAUGGUGACCCUAAAGUAAACUAGGUUUUUGAAGCAAGAUUUGUUCAGAGGGAGUUUGCCUUUGCCUUCCUCUGAGGCUAAGAGAGUGUGACUUGCACAAGGAUAGCCGGAGUGUUUCUGUGAACAAGCAAGGAGACAAACCCUGGUCUCCAAAGUUAUAGUCCAGCUCUCAAACCACUACAGCAUUUAGCUAACAGUAAAUCCUGCUGAACAAUGGGACUUACUUUCAAGAAAACAUGGGACAUAAUUGUGUUGUACAAAAUACUGAUGGGCAAAGCCAAACUGUCAAGAUCGAAAUUUUGGAAAACACACCUCAACUACGAUCAUUUUAUCACAAGAUAUUAAAGCAGACACAGUAUUUUAAAACGUCUUUAAAUUUAAUCACAUUGCCUGAAUCUGCGGAAUGCACUAAGUUGUAGCCAACUACUGCCUUCUUGGCCAUAUGUGAACUUUGCUGACAAUACAAAUUAAAGUAAUUUUAAAUGGACUCGUUAAA